AUGUCAGCUCCAUCCUCUCUCUCGGCUCACUCACUUACUCCCUCUCCCAUUCCUCCGCUGAUAGCCUUGCAUGAAGGAUGGGAUGCGGGGCUUUCCGUCUUUUCCGCCAUCGUCGAUCCCCACCGACAAGUGCGGGAUCUGCUCAAGGAGUGGAGCGCCGCCCGGAGCGCGUCAUCCGCGACACCCAACCUCAGCCUUCCCCAAGCCCAAACCUCACGGCCAAUAAAAGACGAUCCAGACCACCCUCCAGAUCUUUGGCAAGUCGCCUAUGCCACUCUUGAUGACGAAUCUCGACUCAACUUCCUUCACCUCGACCGGUUGAUGGGGAUGCUCGCGCGUCAUUCGGGACACGCGCGCAGAGUACUGUACCAGAAACACCAGGCGAAGGGUCUGGUAUUUAACCUCGGGCAUGACAGAGUGUUGGACAUUAGAGGAACGGCGCAGAAUGUACUCCGAUCUGCCCUGGCCUUCAAAGAUGUUGUCAGUGCGGCAGCCGCUUUUGAUCCGACCGGCCAUGCGUCCAGUGCCUGGACCGUGGUCUCGCUCGCCAACGCGACGCAUUCUUCCUCUCCGCCGACGUUCUCGCCGACGCCCUUGCCCGUUAUUCUCUCGUGGACAGCCAUUAUCGCCAGCGGAACAUCCAAAGGCAGUCAUAUUGACCGAGCCAUUACGAAUGUCUACAUUGCCAUACUCAACUCCGCAGAGGUUGUUGUCACGCGCGAAUCGAAUCGAGGGGUCAAAAUAAUCGAAUCGAUUCUACCGCCGAGCGAAACGGCUCUGAAGCAAUUGGAAACGGCCAUAGGACAGGCGGACACUGAGUUGGGGAAGUGGAUACAGGUUGACGAGAGCCUCUCAAGGGACAGGGAGGCAAGAGAGAUACUGGCCGGGAUUGACAGACUCCAGUCUAGCAUCAAUCAGAUCAACGACCAGAUCCCUGCACUUCCCGAAGCCGAGGGUGUCACUUUCGAGUCGUUUGCCAACCAAGAUGAUCCCCGCUGCCUAGAGAACAUCCGAGUCGAUAUCUUCCGAACUAUCUACGACUGGGCCGUCGAUCCGGACACUCAGUACUCGUCAUACCUGAAGCGAUGA